UCAUGGAAUUACUGCUCCAACUUCAAGCCAUUGUUGGUCUAUUUGUUCUAAUUCUGAUCUACCAUCAAUGGGUUGCAAAGGGUAACAAGAGCAAGGCCAUGGAGGCACCAGAAGCACCUGGAGCAUGGCCUAUAAUUGGUCACCUCGUCAAACUAACAAGCCCUGAUCAGCCCCUCUGCCGAACACUGGGAGACUUGGCUGACAAGCAUGGACCAGUCUUCACUAUUCGAUUCGGCAUCCAUCGAACACUUGUAGUUAGCAGCUGGGAGUUGGCCAAGGAAUGUCUCACCACCAACGAUAAGGCCUUCGCAAGCCGUCCAAUGAGUGUUGCCGGUAAGUAUUUGGGCCUUGAUUAUUCAAUGUUGGGUUUCUCACCCUUCGGUUCGUACUGGCGUGAGAUACGCAAGUUUAUUGUGGUGGAGUUACUCUCCAACCGCAGGCUUGAAUCUCUAAAACGCAUCAGAUAUGCAGAGAUUGAUAAUUGUAUUAAGAAUCUAAAUGGGCUUUGUGUGAAGAACAGUAAUCAAGUUAAGGUUGAAAUGAAUGGAUUGUUUCGAGAUGCAACCAUGAAUUUGGUUCUGAAGAUAGUGGUGGGCAAACAAUAUUUCAGUAUGGUUGGUGCGGAUGAUGUGUUUGACAAAGAGGGCCACAGAAUCCAGAAAACAAUAAUUGACUUCUUUACACUAGCGGGUGUUUCAGUUGCAUCGGAUGCGCUACCGAGUUUCUUAUCAUGGAUGGAUUUGGAUGGAGGAAAAAAGGCCAAUCAGAAGACUGCUAAGGAGAUGGACGUGAUUGCGGAGAGUUGGCUUCAAGAACAUCGGCAAAAGAGAUUAUCUGGGAAGGCUGAUGGUGAUGAGCAAGACUUCAUGGAUGUGAUGCUGUCGGUCCUUGAAGAAGAUCCUCAAUUCCAUGGCCAUGAUCGUGAUAUGGCAGUGAAAGCUACUUGUCUGGGAUUAUUGGUAGCUGCAACAGAUCCCAUUCCAUCAUCUCUUUCAUGGACACUUUCCUUGUUGCUGAACAACAAGCAAGUCUUGACAAAGGCUCAAGAUGAAUUGGACUUUCAUGUCGGGAAGGAUAGGAAGGUGGAAGAGAAAGACAUUGGUAACCUUACUUAUCUUCAAGCCAUAAUCAAGGAAUCACUUCGCCUAUACCCUGUCACACCACUAUUGAUUCCCCAUGAAUCCACAGAAGAUUGCACUGUAAGUGAGUUCAGAAUCCCAAAAGGAACACGUUUGUUAGUGAAUGUUUGGAAGAUACAGCGAGAUCCUCGUGUGUGGUCAAACCCUUUAGAAUUUCAGCCAGAGAGGUUUCUCACAAGUCAUACCAAUCUAGAUGUAUGGGGGAAGAACUUAGAAUUUAUUCCUUUCGGGUCGGGUAGAAGAUCAUGCCCGGGAAUAUCAUUCUCCCUUCUAACCGUACAAAUGAUGCUUGCCCGUUUGCUUCAUGAGUUCGAGCUGCAAACACCCUCUAAUGAGCCUGUGGAUAUGACUGAACAGAUAUCCUUAUCUUUGCCCAAGAGAACACCUUUGGAAGUCCUCCUUAGCCCUCGACUCCCUUCACGACUUUAUGAUUAG